CCGGCACAAGAAAUCACCUGCGGCGGAGGCGCUUCCAGAUCAGCGCCACACUCUUUUACUCCUCUGCCUUAUCAUCUUCCCGUACGCCCACCUACAUUCCACAGGCCCAUGGAGAUAAACCACACGAAUUUCCUGGCACGGUAGGCGCAGUCCAGUUCGCUAGCGAUCGACCAUGGCAAUCGCACUGGCAGCCUUCCUGCUGCUGCCGCUCUUCUCCCUCGGCGCUCUCUUCGUCCUCGCCGCGUGGAGGGUCGUCGACAAGAAGGCGGCGGCGCAGCGGCAGAGCGCGCCGGGGCUGCUGCGGCCGUACCCGCUGCUCGGCCACCUGCCGCAGUUCCUGGCGAACCGGCACCGCAUACUGGACUGGCUCACCGAGGUGCUCGCGCGCCAGCCCACCUGCACGCUCGUGUUCCGCCGGCCGGGCGGCAUCCGGGGCGUCAUCACCGCCAACCCGGCGAAUCUGGAGCACAUCAUGCGCGCCAGCUUCGACAACUACCCCAAGGGCCCGCGCUUCGCGUCGCUGCUCCACGACUUCCUCGGCCGGGGCAUCUUCAACGCCGACGGCGAGGCGUGGCGCGCGCAGCGGAAGGCGGCCAGCUACGAGUUCAACACGCGCUCGCUGCGCCUCUUCGUGGCACGAAGCGUGCACAGCGAGCUCCACGGCAGGCUCCUCCCGCUGCUGCGCCGUGCCGCCGGCUCCGGCGGCCACCUCGACCUGCAGGACACGCUCGAGCGGUACGCGUUCGACAAUAUCUGCCGCGUCGCCUUCGACCACGACCCCCGCCAGCUCUCGGACGGGGACGGAGACGACGGCAAUUCUUGCCCGGAGGUCGAGAGCACCGGGACCGCGAGCAGCAGGUUCGCCGACGCGUUCCGGGACGCGGCCAAUCUCAGCGCGGGCAGGUUCCGGUACGCCGUCCCAGGAUUCUGGAAGAUAAAGAAGGCGCUCAACCUGGGUUCCGAGCGGCGGCUGCGCGAGUCCAUCGCCAUAGUGCAUGGCUUCGCCGAUCGCAUCAUCCGGUCGCGGCGGGAGGAGAUGAGCAUGGGAUGCGAGAAGCACGACCUCCUGUCGCGGUUCAUGGUGAGCCAGGGCGAGAGCUACACCGGGAGGGCACUCCGCGACGUGGUGAUCAGCUUCCUGCUCGCCGGACGGGAGACGACGUCCUCCUCGCUCAGCUGGUUCUUCUGGCUGCUGUCUUCGCGCCCGGACGUGGAGCGCCGCAUCCGCGACGACGUCGCCGCCGUGCGCGCCCGCCGAGCGAUCUGCGACCUCGGCAGAGCCGGGUUCGACCUCGACGAGCUGAGGGAGAUGCACUACGUGCACGCGGCCAUCACGGAGUCAAUGCGACUGUACCCGCCGGUGCCGGUGAACUCGCUGCAAGCGAAGGCCGCGGACGUUCUUCCGGACGGCACGGCGGUGGGGGCGGGGUGGUUCGUGGCGUACAACUCGUAUGCAAUGGGGCGGAUGGAGUCCGUGUGGGGAAAGGACGCGCUGGCGUACCGGCCGGAGCGGUGGCUUGACCCGGCGGAGGGGACGUUCCGGCCGGAGAGCCCGUUCCGGUACAUGGCGUUCCACGCGGGGCCAAGAAUUUGCCUGGGAAAGGAAAUGGCGUAUAUCCAGAUGAAGUCUAUCGUGGCAUGCGUGCUUGAGGAGUUCGAAUUGGCGGUGGACGGCGCGUACCGGCCGCGGCAGGUGGCCUCGCUGACGUUGCGGAUGGCGGACGGGCUCCCGGUGAGUGUGAAGGCUAGAGUGAAUUGAGUAAGAUGACGGAAAAUCUGCUUUGGAUGAUAACCGUGUAGAAGAAUGCCAGUGAGUGAAAGAUGGAUUCACCGGG